CGACGUCACUUCCGGAGCCUGCCCGCCUGCGACCGGUGCCCGAGCUCCUUCCCUCCGUCACGAUGGCGUCUGUGGCCGACACAAAGCUCUACGACAUCCUCGGGGUCCCGGCGGCCGCCACGGAGAAUGAGCUCAAGAAGGCAUACCGCAAGUUGGCUAAGGAAUACCAUCCAGAUAAAAACCCAAAUGCUGGUGAUAAGUUUAAAGAAAUAAGCUUUGCUUAUGAAGUUUUAUCAAAUCCAGAGAAACGAGAACUUUACGAUCGCUAUGGUGAACAAGGUCUACGAGAGAGUGGUGGUGGAGGAAGUGGAAUGGAUGAUAUUUUCUCGCAUAUCUUUGGUGGGGGACUCUUUGGGUUCAUGGGUGGUCAAGGUAGAAACCGCAACAGUAGGCGAAGGGGAGAGGAUAUGGUGCAUCCCCUCAAGGUUUCUUUAGAAGACUUGUAUAAUGCAAAGACAACUAAACUACAGCUGAGCAAAAAUGUUCUGUGUAGCUCAUGUAGUGGUCAAGGUGGCAAAGCAGGAGCUGUUCAAAAGUGCAGUGCUUGCAGGGGACGAGGUGUAAGGAUCAUGAUUAGGCAGUUGGCACCAGGAAUGGUUCAGCAGAUGCAGUCUGUGUGUUCUGAUUGUAAUGGAGAAGGUGAAGUUAUCAAUGAAAAGGAUCGAUGCAAGAAAUGUGAGGGGAAGAAGGUGGUAAAGGAAGUGAAGAUUCUAGAAGUUCAUAUAGAUAAAGGCAUGAAGCAUGGACAGCGUAUUACAUUUAGUGGAGAAGCAGACCAGUCUCCUGGUGUGGAACCUGGUGACAUUAUCCUUGUACUGCAGGAGAAGGAACAUGAGGUGUUUCAGAGAGAGGGAAAUGACUUGCACAUGACCCACAAAAUUGGUCUUGUUGAAGCACUCUGUGGUUUUCAAUUCACAUUCCAGCAUUUGGAUGGACGGCAUAUUGUUGUGAAGUAUCCUCCAGGAAAAGUUAUUGAACCAGGUUGUGUUCGUGUUGUCAAAGGGGAAGGAAUGCCGCAGUAUCGUAAUCCAUUUGAAAAAGGAGACUUGUACAUCAAGUUUGAUGUCCAAUUCCCUGAGCAUAAUUGGAUUAGCUCUGAUAAAAUAGCCGAACUGGAAGAUCUACUCCCAGCCAGGCCUGAAGUCCCUGAAAUGAUUGGUGAGAUUGAGGAGGUUGAUCUGCAAGAGUUUGAUAACACCCGUGGUUCAGCAGGAGGGCACAGACGGGAGGCCUACAAUGAUAGCUCUGAUGAGGAAAGUGGCCAUCACACUGGCCCUGGUGUACAGUGUGCCCACCAGUAAACUCUGAUAAAACACUUGCAAACCAUGUUCUGUUCAGUUUUGGAUAUUUUCAGGUUUCAUCUGAUUUUGCUAAGAGCCAAGCUGGACUUUGUCACAACUCAAUCCAGAGGAACUCUGAUGGACAUCUCUUCGCUGUAUAUGUAACUUUUAAUUAUAUUUACCGAAUGUAUAAUUUAAAGUCAACUAACCAUGGCACAGUGCGAGGUGCUCAAUUCUUUGAGACCCAUGCAGGGGAGCAGCUGGUGAGAAUUAAACGUAUAUCACAAA